AUGACAGCCUCGGUAUUUCAGCUUAAGUGCGGGAUCAAGAAUGAUCCCUGGGGUAAGCAAGGUAAAAACUCGUUAGCUGGUGUUCUUUGCUCCAAGACGCCUGGUACAAUUGAAGUGGAGGAUGGUCAGCAUUAUUCUGAGAUGUGGAUGGGCACAUAUCCCACCGUCCCAUCUCGUAUCCUUGCCACAGGUGAACUGCUAAGCGAGUACCUCCAAAAGCACCCCGAGGUUACGGGCGAAGGCUACAAGAAAUGGGGUACUGAGGUGCCUUUUCUCCCGAAGGUACAUACCUACCCUAUGCCAACCCCAUCCCAUCAUCCUGUAAUAAAUACUAACAGCAUAUUUGCACGAGUGAAGAUCCUUUCCUUCCAAAAAGCCCUCCCCCUCCAAAUCCACCCCGACAAAAAGCUCGCCGAGAAACUCCACGAAUCCCAGCCAGACAAAUACUCGGACCCGAACCACAAGCCCGAAAUCGCCAUUGCCCUCUCCAACUUCGAGCUCUUCGUCGGCUUCAAGCCCCUGCACGAGAUUGAAAACCUCUUCAAACUCGCCCCUCUCCAACGCUUCCUCCCCACAGAGACCAACACCCCUACCUUCGACGAUUCCCUCCUGCGCGAAAUCUCCCGUAUCCUACUCACUCUUCCACCCAUACUAGUCUCCGAAACCAUCUCCUCCCUGCUCACCAUCCCAGAGGCCCAGUUCGGCCCGAACCAGCGAUACAUCCCUGGCCUACUGACUAGAUUGAAGAAGAUGUACCCGGAUACUGAUAAUGGGAGUCUGGUUGCCACAAUCCUUAUGAACUAUAUGACUCUUGGGCCAGGGGAGGCGGUUUGUGUGCCUGCGGAUAGUAUGCAUGCGUAUCUUACCGGGGAUAUUAUGGAGUGUAUGGCGAGAUCGGAUAAUGUCAUUAAUACGGGGUUUUGUCCCAAGGCGGAGAGCGAUGAUGUGGAUUUGUUUACGGGGUCGCUGAGUUUUACACCCCAUGAUGUGGAAAGUGCGCUUUUGAGGGGGAAGAAGAGUGAUAUUGGGAAGUGUUGGAAGACGGAGGUAUAUGAGCCGCCGUUUUCGGAGUUCUCAGUGCUGGGGGUAAGGCUUGGGAAAGGGGAGAAGGAGGUGCAUAGGGGGGUUAAGGGAGUGAGUUUGCUGGUUGUUGUGAGGGGGAGUGGGUGGAUGGGUGUGGAUGGCGAGAAGUUUGAGUUGAAGGAAGGGUGGGUUUAUUUUGUGGGUGCUGGGGUUGAGGUGAACUUUGAGACGGAGGGGGGGUUGUUGGUUUAUAGGCCUUUUGCGGAGUAG